GCGGGGCGCGGGCGCGGGCGCGGGCGCGAGCGCAGCGAAGGAACGGGCCGGGGUGCGCGGCCGGGCGCCGUCCGCGGGCCAGCCGAGGAGAGGAGCGUCCAGCCGGCGGGCAGGCAUGCUGCGGCUCCUGGCGCCCCUGCUUUGCCUGGCGCUGCUGCCCGCGCUCGCCGCACGAGGCCUGCGAUGCUCCCAGCCCGGAGAGGCCUGCCUGAACGGCGGGAAGUGCCAAGUGGCGGCCAACGGCACGGAGGCCUGUGUGUGUAGCAGCGCCUUUGCGGGCCCACGGUGCCAGGACCCCAACCCCUGCCUCAGUGCACCCUGCAGGAACGGGGGCACGUGCCUGGUGGCCGAGCAUCCCGGUGCCCCGGCCUACACCUGCAGCUGCCGCCUGGGCUUCUCUGGACCCCUCUGCCUGACGCCCCAGGACCAUGCCUGCCUCAACAACCCCUGCCGCAAUGGCGGCACGUGUGACCUGCUCACGCUCUCUGAGUACAAGUGUCGCUGCAGCCCCGGCUGGUCAGGGAAGACGUGCCAGCAGGCUGACCCGUGCGCCUCCAACCCCUGCACCAACGGUGGCCGCUGUCUGGCCUUCGAGGCCUCGUUCAUCUGUACCUGCCCGGCCGGCUUCCACGGGCGCACCUGCCGGCAGGACGUGAACGAGUGCAGCCAGAGCCCGGCACCCUGCCGCAAUGGGGGCACGUGCCACAACGAGGUCGGCUCCUUCCGCUGCGCCUGCCGGCCCACCCACACUGGUGCCCACUGCGAGCUGCCCUUUGUGCCCUGCAGCCCCUCGCCCUGCCAGAAUGGUGGCACCUGCCGCCCCACGGGCGACACCACCCACGAGUGUGCCUGCCUGCCAGGCUUUGCUGGGCAGAACUGUGAGGACAACGUCGAUGACUGUCCGGGGAAUAGCUGCAGGAACGGGGGCACCUGUGUGGACGGCGUCAACACCUACAACUGCCGCUGUCCGCCGGAGUGGACAGGCCAAUACUGCACUGAGGAUGUGGACGAGUGCCAGCUGAUGCCCAACGCCUGCCAGAACGGUGGCACCUGCCACAACACACAUGGCGGCUACAACUGUGUGUGCGUCAACGGGUGGACGGGCGAGGACUGCAGCGAGAACAUCGACGACUGCGCCAGCGCUGCCUGCUACAGCGGGGCCACCUGCCACGACCGCGUGGCCUCCUUCUACUGCGAAUGCCCGCAUGGAAGCACAGGCCUGCUGUGCCACCUCAACGACGCCUGCAUCAGCGACCCCUGCAAUGAGGGCUCCGACUGCGACACCAAUCCCGUCAAUGGCAAGGCCAUCUGCACCUGCCCCUCGGGGUACACAGGCCCCGCCUGCAGCCAGGACGUGGAUGAGUGCUCCCUGGGUGCCAACCCCUGUGAGCAUGCCGGCAAGUGCAUGAACACUCUGGGCUCGUUCGAGUGCCAGUGUCUGCAGGGCUACAGUGGCCCACGCUGUGAGGUGGACGUCAACGAGUGCGUGUCCAGCCCGUGUCAGAACGAUGCCACCUGCCUGGACCAGAUCGGAGAGUUCCAGUGCAUCUGCAUGCCCGGCUAUGAGGGCGUACACUGCGAAGUAAACACGGAUGAGUGUGCCAGCAGCCCCUGCCUGCAGAAUGGCCGCUGUGUGGACAAGAUCAACGAGUUCCUGUGCGAGUGCCCCACCGGCUUCACCGGACACUUGUGCCAGCAUGAUGUGGACGAGUGUGCCAGCACCCCUUGUGAGAACGGCGCCAAGUGCCUGGACGGACCCAACACCUAUAGCUGCGUGUGCACCGAGGGCUAUACGGGGCCCCACUGUGAGGUGGACAUCAAUGAGUGUGACCCAGAUCCCUGUCACUACGGCACAUGCAAGGAUGGGGUGGCUGCCUUCACCUGCCUGUGCCGGCCGGGCUAUACGGGCCAUCACUGCGAGGCCAACAUCAACGAGUGCCACAGCCAGCCGUGCCGCCACGGGGGCACCUGCCAGGACCGUGACAACGCCUACCUGUGCCUCUGCCUGCCGGGGACCACAGGCCCCAACUGUGAGAUCAACCUGGACGAUUGUGCCAGCAGCCCCUGUGCCUCAGGCACCUGUGUGGACAAGAUCGAUGGGUACGAGUGUGCUUGUGCACCAGGGUACACAGGGAAUAUGUGUAACAUCGACAUUGACGAGUGUGCGGCCAAGCCCUGCCACCAUGGGGGCACCUGUGUGGACGCCAUCAACAGCUUCAUCUGCCACUGCCCCGAGGGCUUCCAUGGCCCCACGUGCCUGUCGGAGGUGAAUGAGUGCAGCAGUGACCCCUGCAUCCACGGGACCUGCCGGGAUGGCCUCAAUGGGUACCGGUGUGACUGUGACCCAGGCUGGAGCGGCACCAACUGUGACUUCAACAACAAUGAGUGCGAGUCCAACCCCUGUGCCAAUGGUGGCACCUGUAGGGAUCUGAGUGGCGGCUAUGCCUGUGCCUGCCGCGGGGGCUUCAGUGGCCCCAACUGCCAGACCAACAUCAACGAGUGUGCCUCCAACCCGUGUCUGAACCAAGGCACGUGCAUGGACGACGUGGCCGGCUACAAGUGCAACUGCCCGCUGCCCUACACAGGAGUCACCUGUGAGGUGGUGCUGGCCCCGUGUGCCCCCGACCCCUGCAGGAACGGCGGCCAGUGCCAGGAGUCCGAGGACUACGAGAGCUUCUCUUGUGCGUGCCCUGCGGGCUGGCAAGGGCAAACAUGUGAGAUCGACAUCAACGAGUGCGUGAAGAGCCCGUGCCGCCAUGGCGCCUCCUGCCAGAACACGCGUGGGGGCUACCGCUGCCACUGCCGCCCUGGAUACAGUGGCCGCCACUGCGAGCAGGAUGUGGAUGACUGCCGGCCCAACCCCUGUCACAAUGGCGGCUCCUGCAUGGAUGGGGUCAACACGGCCUCCUGCGCCUGCCUGCCCGGCUUCCGGGGCCCCUUCUGUGAGGAGGACAUCGAUGAGUGCGCCAGCAGCCCCUGCCUGCACGGCGCCAACUGCACGGACUGCGUGGACAGCUACACCUGCACCUGCCCCCCAGGGUUCAGCGGGAUCCACUGCGAGAACAACACUCCCGACUGCACGGAGAGCUCCUGCUUCAAUGGCGGCACCUGUGUGGACGGCAUCAACGCCUUCACCUGCCUGUGCCCACCCGGCUUCACGGGCAGCUACUGCCAACACGACGUCAACGAGUGUGACUCGCGGCCCUGCCUGCACGGCGGCACCUGCCAGGACAGUUACGGCGCCUACAAGUGCACCUGCCCCCAGGGUUACACCGGCCUCAACUGCCAGAACCUGGUGCGCUGGUGCGACUCCUCACCCUGCAAGAAUGGCGGCCGCUGCUGGCAGACGCAUACGCAGUUCCGCUGUGAGUGCCGGCCCGGCUGGACGGGACUCCGGUGCGAUGUGCCGGGCGUGUCCUGCGAGGAGGCUGCGCGCCGGCGAGACGUCAACGUCACCCAGCUGUGCCGGAACGGUGGCUUCUGCGUCAAUGACAGCAGCACCCACCACUGCCGCUGCCAGGCCGGCUACACUGGCAGCUACUGCGAGGACCAGGUGGACGAGUGCUCGCCCAGCCCCUGCCACAAUGGCGCCACCUGCACCGACUACCCCGGUGGCUACUCCUGCAAGUGCGUGCCCGGCUACCACGGGGUGAACUGUUCCGAGGAGGUCAAUGAAUGCCUGUCCCACCCGUGCCAGAAUGGAGGCACCUGUCUUGACCUUGUCAACACCUACAAGUGCUCCUGCCCCCGCGGCACCCAGGGCGUGCACUGUGAGAUCAACAUUGACGACUGUCAUCCGCCACUGGACCCAGUGACCCGGGGCCCCAAGUGUUUCAACAAUGGCACCUGUGUGGACCGAGUCGGGGGCUACAGCUGCACCUGCCCUCCUGGCUUCGUGGGCGAGCGCUGUGAAGGGGACGUCAACGAGUGUCUGUCCAAUCCCUGCGAUGCCCGUGGCACCCAGAACUGUGUGCAGCGAGUCAACGACUUCCACUGCGAGUGCCGCGCCGGCCACACUGGGCGACGCUGUGAGUCUGUCAUUGAUGGCUGCAGGGGCAGGCCCUGCAAGAACGGAGGCUCUUGCGCUGUGGCCUCCAACACCGUUCGUGGAUUCAUCUGCAAGUGCCCACCGGGCUUUGAGGGCGCUACCUGUGAGAACGACGCUCGUGCCUGCGGCAGCCUGCGCUGCCUCAACGGGGGCACCUGCGUCUCGGGCCCGCGUAGCCCCACCUGCCUGUGCCUGGGCACCUUCACCGGGCCCGAGUGCCAGUUCCCGGCCAGCAGCCCCUGCGAGGGCAGAAACCCCUGCUACAACCAGGGGAGCUGUGAGCCCACGACCGAGAGCCCCUUCUACCGCUGCCUGUGUCCACCCAAGUUCAACGGGCUCCUGUGCCACAUCCUGGACUACAGCUUUGGGGGUGGCGCCGGGCGCGACAUCGCCCCACCGCAAGUAGCCGAGGCCUGCGAACUCCCCGCGUGCCAAGAGGAGGCAGGGAACAAGGUGUGCAGCGCGCCCUGCAACAACCAUGCCUGUGGCUGGGACGGCGGCGACUGCUCGCUCAACUUCAACGACCCCUGGCAGAACUGCUCCCAGGCCCUGCAGUGCUGGAAGUACUUCAGCGACGGCCGCUGCGAUGCCCAGUGCAACUCGGCUGGCUGCCUAUUUGAUGGCUUCGACUGUCAGCGUGCUGAGGGCCAGUGCAACCCCCUCUACGACCAGUACUGCAGGGACCACUUCAGUGACGGCCACUGUGACCAGGGCUGCAACAGCGCUGAGUGUGAGUGGGAUGGACUAGACUGUGCCGGGCACGUGCCUGAGCGCCUGGCUGUGGGCACCCUGGUGUUGGUGGUGCUGGUGCCCCCGGACCAGCUUCGCAACCACUCCCUGCACUUCCUGCGGGAGCUGAGCCGCCUGCUGCACACCAACGUGGUCUUCAAGCGUGACGCCAAUGGCCAACACAUGAUCUUCCCCUACUAUGGCCACGAGGAGGAGCUCCGCAAACACCCCAUCAAGCGCUCAGUGGACAGCACGGGCGGCUGGCCAACGCUGCUCUCGGGCAACCAGGGCUCACGCUGGCGCCGGGAGCUGGACCCCAUGGACAUCCGUGGCUCCAUCGUGUACCUGGAGAUCGACAACCGGCAGUGUGCACUCUCGUCGUCCCAGUGCUUCCAGAGUGCUGCCGAUGUGGCUGCCUUCCUGGGGGCGCUCGCCUCUCUGGGCAGCCUCAACAUCCCCUACAAGAUCGAGGCCGUGCAGAGUGAGACGGUUGCACCGCCGCCGCCCCCGCAGCUGCACUUCAUGUACGUGGCCGUGGCCGCCUCCCUGCUGCUCUUCUUUGUGGGCUGCGGGGUUCUGCUGUCCCGCAAGCGCCGACGCCAGCAUGGCCAGCUCUGGUUCCCUGAGGGCUUCAAGGUGUCGGAGGCCGGCAAGAAGAAGCGGCGGGAGCCCCUGGGCGAGGACUCCGUGGGCCUCAAGCCCUUGAAGAACGCCUCCGACGGAGCGCUGAUGGACGACAACCAGAACGAGUGGGCUGACGGGGACUUGGAGACCAAGAAGUUCCGGUUCGAGGAGCCAGUGGUCCUUCCAGACCUGGACGAGCAGACCGACCACCGUCAAUGGACACAGCAGCACCUGGACGCGGCUGAUCUGCGUGUGUCGGCCAUGGCACCCACGCCACCCCAAGGCGAGGCUGACGCCGACUGCAUGGAUGUCAAUGUCCGGGGGCCAGAUGGCUUCACGCCCCUCAUGAUCGCCUCCUGCAGUGGAGGGGGCCUGGAGACGGGCCACAGCGAGGAGGAGGAGGACGCUCCAGCCGUCAUCUCGGACUUCAUCUACCAGGGCGCCAGCCUGCAUAGCCAGACCGACCGCACCGGGGAGACGGCCCUGCACCUGGCUGCCCGCUACUCGCGCUCCGACGCUGCCAAGCGCCUGCUGGAGGCCAGCGCGGACGCCAACAUCCAGGACCACAUGGGCCGGACCCCGCUGCACGCUGCCGUGUCUGCUGAUGCCCAGGGCGUCUUCCAGAUUCUGAUCCGGAACCGGGCCACAGACCUGGAUGCCCGCAUGCAUGAUGGCACGACCCCACUCAUCCUGGCCGCCCGCCUGGCAGUGGAGGGCAUGCUGGAGGACCUCAUCAACUCACAUGCCGACGUCAACGCUGUUGACGACCUGGGCAAGUCCGCCCUGCACUGGGCAGCCGCUGUGAACAAUGUGGAUGCGGCGGUUGUGCUGCUAAAGAAUGGCGCUAACAAGGACAUGCAGAGCAACAAGGAGGAGACACCGCUGUUCCUGGCCGCCCGGGAGGGCAGCUAUGAGACUGCCAAGGUGCUGCUGGACCACUUCGCCAACCGGGACAUCACGGACCACAUGGACCGGCUGCCACGCGACGUGGCACAGGAGCGCAUGCACCAUGACAUUGUGCAGCUGCUGGACGAGUACAGCCUGGUGCGCAGCCCACCGCUGCCCGGGCCACCUGCCCUGUCGCCCCCACUCUGCUCGCCCAACGGCUACCUGGGCAACCUCAAGGCUGCCCCGCCAGGGAAGAAGGCGCGCAAGCCCAGCACCAAGGGCCUGGCGUGCGGAGGCAAGGACGCCAAGGAGCUGAAGGCCCGCAGGAAGAAACCCCAGGACGGCAAGGGCUGCCUGCUGGACACGUCCAACGUGCUCUCGCCCGUUGACUCCCUCGAGUCCCCGCACGGCUACCUGUCGGACGUGGCCUCUCCGCCCCUCCUGCCUUCCCCGUUCCAGGCGUCGCCGUCUAUGCCUCUCAACCACCUGCCCGGCAUGCCCGACACUCACCUGGGCCUCGGCCACCUGGGCGUGGCAGCCAAGCCCGAGAUGGCCACGCUGGGCGGCAGCGGCCGGCUGGCCUUCGAGGCGGGCCCGCCCCGCCUGUCCCACCUGCCCGUGGCCUCGGGCACCGGCCCGGCUCUGGGCGGGGGCAGCGGCACGGCCAUGAGUUUCACCCUGGGCGGUGCUGCCGGCUUGGGCGGCCAGUGUGAGUGGCUCUCGCGGCUGCAGAACGGGCUUGUGCCCGGCCAGUAUGGCGCGUUGCGGGGAGCCGUGGCCCCCAGCCCCCUGGGCGUGCAGGCCCCCACGCUGCAGCACAGCAUGAUGGGUCCCCUGCAUGGCGGCCUCUCGGCCAGUGCCCUGUCGCAGAUGGUGAGCUACCAGGCCCUGCCCGGCGCGCGCCUGGCCCCGCAGCCCCACCUGGUGCCUGCGCAGCCACUCCAGCAGGCGCCGGCGCAGCCCAGCUUACAGAUGCCGCAGCCGGGCCUGCAGCCGCAGCUCAGCGUCACACCCGCCAGCAGCAGCCACCUGGGCCGCGGGUUCCUGGGCGGGGAGCCCAGCCAGGCGGAUGGGCAGCCGCUGGGCCCUGGCAACCUGCAGGCGCACACGGUGCUGCCGCAGGACCCCCAGGGCCUGGCCCCGCCCAUGACCACGGCGCAGUUCCUUACACCGCCCUCCCAGCACAGCUACUCCUCGCCCGUGGACGGCACCCCCAGCCACCAGCUGCAGGUGCCCGAGCACCCCUUCCUCACCCCGUCCCCCGAGUCCCCCGACCAGUGGUCCAGCUCCUCGCCGCACUCCAACAUCUCCGAUUGGUCCGAGGGCAUCUCCAGCCCGCCCACCAGCACGCACGCCCAGAUGCCGCACAUUCCCGAGGCCUUCAAGUAAACAACCGCGCCCGCUGCGCUUCCUUUCCCAGGCCGCGUGCUGCUGCCUGGCCCACCAAAGGAGCUUUUGUAAAAAAGGAAAAAGAAGAAAAAAAAGUUUUUAUACAAAAGAAGAGGACUUUUUUUAGUAUUUAUUUAUGUACUUUGGUUUGAUGUGCUGCCUCCUUAUUUAUGCGGCUGUUUGCUGUGGCACCGGGCGGGCUCUUGGGCAGAGAUUCUUAAGAGUUUGUAAAAUAGCGAAGAUCCGAGAUUGCCGAAUGCCAUUUAUUUAUUGAUACUGUUCCAAACUCCAAAAAGACACAAUGUUGGAGACAGGAAGCUGAACCGCUGUCCGGGAAGCUCCGACGCAGGGCGGAGAGGGUGUGAUGUCACCUUUGACUGUGGCAUGACGUGCAUUGAGAAGAAGCAAGUGAAAAGUCGGGGCCGCCUGUCAGGCUCGUUACGGCUGUUAUGGGAGCUUGGCCAGUGUUCUUGGGUGCCCAGGAGCACGUCACGUGGUACCAAUCAUGAAUCUUACUUUCAGGUUCAGUGUUAGCUGGGGGUUCACGGACCCUGCGCAUGUUGUGCCUCCAGAAAGUCCUGCGUCCCCGCCCCCACCUGCUGGUGUAAGCCUCUGUCUGGUGAGAGGGCGGGCCAGGGCCAGGGCCGGGGCUCCAGGGGACUCCGGAGCACUCUCAUGGAGGUUUUGAGAAAACAAGGCUCUGUCCCUCCCACCGCACCCACCGGGUGCCCGGUGGACGUGGGGUGUUGGGUGCCAGGGCAUAUUCUGGGUCCCCCUCCUGGUUUAGGGGGACCCUGGUCUUCGGGAGGAGCAGAAUCUUGCAAUGUCGAGUAUAAGCCUGUGGCAGAGUAAGUAAAUGUCUGUAAAUACAUUUCCAAGGUGGAUUUUGUUUAAAAAAUCUGAGCUGUGUGCUGGGGCGCAGAUGUUCUGGCAUGGCCCAAGUAGUUUACAGGAAACGGGGACUUUUUACAGAGGUUGUCUUCAUGCAGAACUGUAGGUGAGGAGAAUGAUGUAUUUUUUUUUUCAUCUUUUUUGUUAAUUGAUUUACAAUAAAAGUGGUGCUGACAGGCAUCCAGACUUUGCUA